AUGACUGUAAAAACAGCAAAAACAACAGCAACAAAGAAAAGAAAACGUGUUUCUAAAAAGAGCAAAGCCUCGUGGCGUAAACAUUGUGAUAUAAAUGAUGUCGAAGAAUUCCUUGAAGACCAGAGAUUGGAAGAGAGAUUAGGUAAAUUUGAUGAAAAACCAGACGAAGAACUAUUUAUCGUAGAUACAACUGGCGGUGAUGUUGAUGAGAAGCCGGAAGUCAAACCCGAUCUUAAAGCUAAAUCCUUUAAGGAACGGAAAAGAGCUCAGUUGGCUGAAACACCAAAAUGUUUUGAAGUGCUUUUACCUACAUCUAAGGUUCAAGACCCUAACAAAAAGCGUAAUACAGUCAAACAAGUUGGCUCAAAGCCAUCAGAUUUGUCAAAAUUAACAGAAAAGCGACAAUUAUCUAAAGGUGUCCUCAGCAGAAAAUUAGAACAGACUAAAGUUAAUAGGAAACUAGCAAUACAGAAAAAGAAAAAGUCCAAAACUGUCAGGCAAAGCUUCGAUAAGAACAUUUGGGAUGCUCCAACUCUGGAAUCCAAAGGUAUACCGGAAACUCUUUGUAAUGAAUUUGUAUCGACAGAGGCUCAGUUACACAAUGUACCAACAACAAAACGCAUCCGAGCAAAGCCGCAGCUUCCAAAAACGCUACUAACGAGAGCAGCUAUAGAAGUACCGCAUCCUGGUGUCAGCUAUAACCCUUCAUAUCAGGAACACCAAGCCCUGUUAUCAGAGGUGGUUCAACAUGAACAGAAAAUGAUGAAGAGGCAGGCCCAUCUGAAUAGAGUGACUACAAAUAUGUUCAGUAAAGUAACACAGGGGGAAAAGGAGAAACAAUGGCAGGAGGAAAUGAGCGUAGGGUUGCCACAACCCCACAAUCCUUCAAAUGAUCCCGAUCCAGAGCCCUCGGAUAAUGAAUAUAAAGCAGUCAACCCUCCAGUCAAGAACAAGAAAAAGGAUCACAAGGCAAGAAGGAAACAGAGAGAACAACUUGAAGAAAAAGAAAGGCUGAAACGAGCCAAGAUUGAGAAGAAAAAAAUCACAGAUUUAUAUAGGCUUCGUAAGAUCCAAGAGUCUCUCAAGAAGCAAGAGUCCCGUCAGUGUGAGAGGUCCACACGCUUGGCUUCAAAGCGAGAGGAAAAAGCUGCCACGGCACUACCAGCUCUGAACAAACACCGACCACCUGAGAAAGAACCGGAGUUUGUAGACCCUGCCAUACUGACCGGGGAUCUUAGGAACUUGACUAAUACUAGUAACCUCCUCAGAGAUCGUUUCGAGUCCCUCCAGCGUCGCGGUGCUCUCGCCGCUUCAAAGGUCAUGAUGAAGAAGAAACGGAAACUCAAGAGUUACUUUAAACCGGGCCACAAGGUCACCGAGCAAGACAUCAAGAAAUAUAUUCAAAAAUUAGACAAGAAAUGA